CGAGAAAUCAACACCUCUACUGGGCCCCGUCGGUUCUGCGAUCAUUUCUUGCGUUGAAAUCAGGCAGAGACUGACAUUGAGUUGCUGCCUGCUAUGCAACACAGAGCUAUUUAACUCACGAUCACCUCCACCCCCCACCCCAGACUAACGGCCACCACUUGUACCAUCGAUCACCGCCGCGAAGAUCCCAACCCACCCCAGAUUCGAACAAACAACCACGAAACACAGCCACUGGCAAAAAUAAGAACAAUGACCAGCAGACAAAACAGCCUCGCGCAACACUUCAAAAGCCUCCACCGGCCCCACCACCCCCUCAUCCUCGCCAACGUCUACGACGGCGCCUCAGCCAAAGCCGUCGCCGCCCUCCCCACAGCACAAGCCAUCGCAACAGCCAGCUUCGCCGUUGCCGCAGCAGCAGGAAUCUCAGACGAGGAGCUCAGCCGGGAGGAGCUCCUCCGGUCCGCGAAAGCCAUCGCGGCGACAGUCCGGCCCACAGGCAAGCCGCUAACGGUCGACAUCCGGGACGGGUACAACGCCGACCUCGAAGCAAUCGUCACCGAGCUGGUGGCCGCGGGCGUGGUGGGCGUCAACCUCGAGGACUUCGACAACGCGACCAAGACCAUGUACAGCGCUGCCGAGGCGGUGCAGCGGAUUGAGACGGUGUUGCGCGCGGCGCGCGCGGCGGGUGUGCCGGAUUUUGUGGUGAAUGCGCGGUGCGACGCGCUUCUCUAUCAAGGCAGUUUGGAGGAGGUGAUUGAGCGGGGUCGGGCGUAUCUGACAGCGGGCGCGACGACGGUGUUUGUCUGGGGUGGGAGGAGUAGGGGCGGGAUCUCACGGGAGGAGGUGGUGAGGCUUGUGGAGGCGUUUGAGGGGCGUUUGAAUGUCAAGGCUCUGCCUGGUGGGCUUUCGACGGAGGAGUUGGCGGAGAUUGGGGUUGCGCGGAUUAGUGUUGGGCCUGGAUUGUUGCUUGCAGCGAUGGAGAGGGUUACGGAGCUGGCGAGGGCGCUGCUUGAGGGUAGGUUUUAGGAUUGGUUCUAGGUAUGGUUAAUGAAAUGAUGAGGCUGGGAAAUACGGUUCAAAGAUUUCUGUCUCGAGGUGGUCUAGAAGUUCGUUUGAUGUAUAGAUUGUGGCCGAGCUUGGCCAUGUUAAACUCUACAGGAGGUCUCAGCUUUGUCCUGCGAGAAGGACUCCAAGAGACCCCAAUCAAAGGCACUUCAUAGGCCGGCAAUAUAUACGCC